GGUUGUAGUAAAGCCUCAACAGAGUUUGACGAUACGUGUUGGGAUAAGAAAUGAUACAGGUGAAGAGUAUCAGAGUAGCAAGGCAACUAUAAAUGCGCAUGCAGCCAACAAUGAAUCAUCCGCAGGAAAGCAGUGCAGAUUCUCCGGCCACUUCCUCUGUGAAAGAUUUGGUGAAGGUUUUGUACGGCGGGAAAAGAUUUGGUAAUCACGUGGAUGAAGUUUGGCCUAACCUGUUCAUUGGCGACAUGUCAGUGGCCAAUGAUCGCUACAGCCUGUGGAAGCUGGGAAUCACUCAUGUUCUCAAUGCAGCUGAUGGGAGGCCGCACUGUCAGGGGAGCCACGACUUCUAUGGCUCCGCGGUGGAUUACUGUGGAGUGCCCGCAGAUGACUCGCCGUCCUUUGACCUCGCUCGCUAUUUCUUUCCCUCCGCCGAGUACAUUCAAAAUGCACUUAACGCGACUGGCGCUCGGGUUUUGGUCCACUGUGCAGUUGGGGUCAGCAGGUCUGCCUCCCUCGUCCUGGCCUACCUAAUGAUCCACCACCACUACACCCUACUGGAGGCCAUCAAUAAGGUCAAAGAGCGCCGGUGGAUUUUCCCAAACAGGGGCUUCCUCAGACAGCUUUAUGCUUUGGAUGUGAAACUACGACAUCAUGAGUGCACUCCAAUGAAUGAAAUAUCAAAAUGAAUUGAUUACAGAGCCUCAAUCUGCCAGUGGAGGGAGAUACUGUGCUUUGACUUUAGUUUGUUUCAAGAAUGGUAUUGAAUCAAAUGCACUUUCCUUGACUCUACUGCUGUGUGUGAUGUGAAUCGUGCUGCCUUUUCACAAGAUCCUGAUCCUGCUUAUACUAAUGGAUCAGUGUAAUCAACCUGAACAUGACUCAAUAUGAGACAAGAUGACGUUUUAUUACCUUUCUUUUGUAUUAUGUUGAAGGAAAAUUACAUCCAUUAUGUUGUGGGUCAAAUUAACCCAUGAGUUGAAUUCAUUCUAACGCAGUUUAAGACUUUGCUUUGUGUGUGUGUGUCUGUGUGUGUUCGGUGUGGACGCACAAAACAUUAACCUUUAAUUUCAAACCCCACUGU